AUGUCCAACAACAAUCAUCAGCUAACAACGUCUUCGACUCGGUUGCAACAUUCCGAGUCUUCAAACAACGACGACUCUCUCUCGCACAAUGAUCACUCGGCCUAUUUAGAGUGGAAACGAAAAAUGGGAGAAAAACGAAAACGAAAUGACAAGUCUACUCCACCGAGCGCUACUGCUGCUCAUGCCGAUACGACAACGACGCCGACGACGACUCAUGAUGAUGAAACCACGUUCAUGACUCCAACUCUUAAAAAAACAAAACUCAUCAAGGAAAUUCUCAAUCAAGAAGCAAAGAGUGAUUCUGUAACGACCGAUGAUACUCCUUCAUUCAAUCUUGAUACAUCAAAGAGUCUUUUAAAGAAGAGUAAAGAAUUGAAAGAAUCUCAACCUCAACUCUCAGAUUUAGAAAAAUUAGAACAAAAAGAAAAUGAACUUUUAAAAGAAUUAAUGAAUCAAUCCUUUUUAAAUACCAUGCAGCAACAACACCACAAUGACCAUACACCUGUUGAAUAUUUAAAUUAUGGAUGGACUCCUCCUUCCUUUUAUUCAUCACUUUCAGAUAUGGAUCGAGAAUAUAUUUUGGAUAAAUUUGGAAUUCACGUCCAAGGAAGGGAAAUACCUCCACCCAUUCUCACCUUUGAACAUAUGAAAUUUCCAAAAUGUCUUUUAAAAUUACUGGAUGAUAAGAAUAUAACCACUCCAACACCAAUUCAAAUGCAAGGUAUUCCAUGUUUAUUAAGUGGUCGAGAUGUUAUUGGAAUUGCCUUUACUGGAAGUGGUAAAACUCUUGUAUUUACUUUACCAAUAGUCAUGUAUUGUUAUUUAGAAGAAAAAAGAAAGAAAUUACGAGAAGGAGAUGGUCCACUUGGAUUAAUAUUAUGUCCGAAUCGAGAAUUAGCGAAACAAACCUUUGAUUUGGUCGAAUAUUUUUUUAAGGGAAUUGAAAAGUACGAUUCGAGCGGUACGAUUCAAUUAAAUGUAUCACUCUGUAUUGGAGGUAUUCGAGAAGAUCGAAUAUUUGGUAGUAGUAGUAGUAGUGGUAGUAGUAGUAGUAGCAGUGGUUUGGGACAACAACAACGAUAUUAUACUUCAACUCAACAUGAAAGAGGUAUUCAUAUGGUUGUUGCUACACCUGGACGUCUUAUUCAAAUGCUCAAUGAUCGAAAGAUGCAUCUCUCUCAUUGUCGUUAUAUUUGUAUGGAUGAGGCUGAUCGUUUAAUUGAUUUAGGUUUUGAAGAAGAAAUUAAGCAAAUUUUUGAAUUUUUAAAUGAACAACAACAAGAUAUGAAUCAACAGCAACAACAACAACAAGAUAUGAAUCGUCCAUAUAACAAUGACCAAGAACAAGACUCAUCAACUGAACACUCCCGUCAUCAUCAUCACAUUCAAAAAGUCUUCUUCUCUGCUACCAUGCCAGAAAAGAUUCAAAGUUUGGCACGACAAACACUCUCUACACCCAUCAUUGUCAAUGUUGGACGUGCUGGUGCUGCUAAUUUAGAUGUCGUACAAGAAGUUGAGUUUGUUAUGGAAGAAGACAAAAUUACCUAUUUAUUAGAAGUAUUACAAAAAACACCACCACCAGUUCUCAUCUUUUCUCAAAACAAAUCAGAAGUUGAUACCAUUUGUGAAUAUUUAUUAUUGAAAGGAGUUGAAGCUGUGAGUAUUCAUAGCAGUAAAGAUCAAUUUGAAAGAGAAUAUGCAAUUGAUUCAUUUAAACAUGGAAAGAAAGAUGUACUAGUAGCAACUGACAUUGUUUCUAAAGGAAUUGACUUUCCAAACGUAAGACAUGUCAUUAAUUUUGAUAUGCCUCGUGAAAUUGAAAAUUAUGUUCACAGAAUUGGUAGAACGGGUAGAAAUGGUAAAACAGGAUUAGCUACAACAUUUAUUAAUAGAAAUCAAUCCGAACAAAUUCUAUUGGAUUUGAAAUACUUGCUAAUUGAAGCUAAACAGAGAGUACCACCUAUUUUGAACACCAUUUAUGAUCCAUAUGCUGGUAGUGAAAAUAUGGGUGCUGGUAGUCGAGUCGAGUGUAAAUAUUGUCAAGGAUUGGGACAUCGUAUUACAGAAUGUCAGAAAUACCACCGUGAUAAACAAUUACAAAUUCAAAAGGCAUUGAAUGCAGGAGGAGCAAGUAGUUUGGGAGAACAGUAA